GCUCCGAGUCCCCUCCACUCAGUCCUUGUGUUGUCAGGUGUUUGUUCAGGAACGAACUAGUUCUACUAUCUGCUAAAAUGGCACCAAAGAAGGACCCUAAGGCAGCGGCUCCCGCCAAGGCCCCCGCAAAGGCCGCAGAACCUGCACCAGCACCCGAGCCAGCACCUGCACCUGCCGCAGCUCCCGCUGUCGACCUGUCCGCCGUGAAGAUUGAAUUCAGCGCAGACCAGAUUGAUGACUACAGGGAGGCCUUCGGUCUGUUCGACAGAGUGGGUGACAACAAGGUGUCUUACAGCCAGAUCGCUGACAUCAUGCGCGCUCUGGGACAGAACCCCACCAACAAAGAGGUCGGCAAACUGCUUGGAAACCCCAGCGCUGAGGACAUGACCAGCAAGAGAGUGGACUUCGAGGGUUUCUUGCCCAUGCUCCAGUCCAUCAUCAACAGCCCAAACAAGGCCCAAUUUGAGGACUACGUUGAGGGUCUGCGCGUCUUUGACAAGGAGGGCAACGGCACAGUGAUGGGCGCUGAGCUUCGUAUCGUUCUGUCAACACUGGGAGAGAAGAUGACUGAGACUGAGAUUGAUUCUCUCAUGGCCGGACAGGAGGAUGAGAACGGCUGUAUCAACUAUGAGGCCUUUGUCAAGCACAUCAUGUCUGUGUAAGGACCCCGUCACUGCAGUGGUGAGCAUCAUAUAUGUGCAGACCCCAUGGUGUCGCGACAUCCACUCACUGUUUCCUGUACCACCUGAGGAAGCAGGGGGAACAAAGGACUAUGAGAUGUCAUUUCCUGAACCCUUAUUUUGUUGUGUUCUACACA